CACAUUACGCCUCUUGUGGCUGGGCAGCGUCCUGACGCGGUAGCAAUCGGAAGAAAUUCCGCAGUGGCUGAUGGGAUUGUGGUGAUGUGGCCCCACCCCUUCCCCCCUCCCUGCCCCGGGAUGUCGGAAGAAACCAGGCAGAAGAAAUUGGCUGCGGCCAAAAAAAAGUUAAGAGAAUUUCAGCAGAAGAACAGCCCUAGUGGUCCAGCAGUAGUGAAGAAGAAGAAAAAGCUGAAAAAUGAUGGUAGCCCUGAGACAAGCACUGCUCGCGAUGACCACUCACCGGAGGAGAUUCAGGACAUUCUGAAGGUGCUGGUGUCCGACCUUAACCGUUCCAAUGGGGUAGCGCUCCCCUCAUUGGACAGAUGGCAGGCUCCCAGAGACCAUGCUGCUCCUGUACCGCCUUCUGCUGCUGCUGCCACUGUGUCACCUGGCGGUGUCCCUUCCCCAGGCACUACUCUUACUAGCGUGGCGUCACUUCAGAACUAUGAUGCUGACAGUGAGCCUAAUGUCAUGGAUGAAACCAAGACUUUUUCAUCCACCGAGAGCCUGCGACAACUUUCCCAGCAGCUCAACGGUCUUUUGUCUGAGUCCACAUCCUACGUUAACGGGGAGGGCCUCACAUCUGCUAACAUGAAGGAUCUAGAGAGCCGGUACCAAGAGCUAGCAGUAGCCCUGGACUCCAGCUAUCUAACAAACAAACAACUCAGUAGCAAGAUAGAGGAAUUGAAACAGCAGAACCAAGAUACUGUACAACAGCUGGAAAAAGAGAAACAGGAAUCUCAGCAGAAGCUGGCAAAGGAGCAGGUGGCUCUGCGGGAGCAGCUGCAGGUUCACAUUCAGACCAUAGGCAUCCUGGUUUCUGAAAAGGCAGAACUGCACACAGCCCUGGCCCACACUCAGCAGGCAGCCAGGCAGAAAGCAGGAGAGUGUGAAGAUCUUGCCGGGCGCCUGAAGUCUUCGAGGCAGCGUGUAGGAGAGCUGGAGAAGACGCUGUCUGCUGUCUCCACCCAGCAGAAGCAGGUGGAAAAGUGCAACAAAGAGCUGACAGAAGAGCGGGACACCCUCAGGCUGGAGUUAUUCAAGAACAACAAAAGCAAUGAGGACCUGAAGCAGCACAACUCAGAAUUGGAAGAGAGGCUCAGGGUCCUCACAGCAGAGAAUGCAGCCAGUCAGCUGGGAAUGGAGGAGCUGCAGAAGAAGCUGGAGAUGUCUGAGCUGCUGCUGCAGCAGUUCUCAAGCGGGUCUGCAUCCCCUGACAGUGACCAGCAGUUCCAGCAGGCCCUGGAGGAUCGGGCACGGCUGGAGACGCAUGUGGGGCAGCUGACGGAGUCAUUGAAACAACUGCAGCUGGAGAGAGACCAGUAUACAGAGAACCUGAAGGAAGAGCGCGCCAUGUGGCAGCAGAGGAUGCGGCAGAUGUCAGAGCAGGUGCACACACUGAAGGAGGAGAAGGAACGCAGCGUGAGUCAAGUGCAGGAGCUGGAGAGCAGCUUGGCCGACCUGAGGAGCCAGAUGGCAGAAUCCCCGGCCCCAGAACCCCCAGCUGGACCCUCCGAGGAGGAGCAGCGGCUACAAGCAGAGGCCAGCCGGCUGCAGGAGGAGCUGGGGCGCCUGACAGGACAGCUCCAAGCCCAGGUGCAGGACAACGAGAGCCUGAGUCGCCUGAAUCGGGAGCAGGAGGAGCGGCUGCUGCAGCUAGAACGAGAGGCAGAGGUGUGGGGCGAGCAGGCGGAGGAGCGCAGGCAGAUCCUGGAGAGCAUGCAGAGCGACCGCACCACCAUCAGCCGUGCUGUCUCGCAGAACCGAGAGCUGAAGGAACAGCUGGCUGAGCUGCAGGAUGGCUUUGUCAGGCUGACCAAUGAGAACGUGGAGAUGACCAGCGCGCUGCAGUCGGAGCAGCAUGUUAAGAAGGAGCUGGCCAAAAAGCUGGGGCAGCUACAGGAGAAGCUGGCAGAGCUCACAGAGAUGAUGGACUUGAAGAACCAGGAGGCACAGGCUCUGCAGCAGCAGCGAGAACAGCUCCUAUCCCAGCUGCAGCAGUACGCGGCAGCCUGGCAGCAGGUGGCUUCUGAGAAGGAGGCGCUGCACAGGCAGUUCCUGGUGCACACGCAACUCCUGGACCAGCUGCAGCACGAGCAGAUGCAGGGCAAGACAGCUGAGGACAGGGCCCGCCAGGAGCUGCGGGAGACCCAGGAGCGCCUGGAGGCCACCACCCAGCAGAACCAGCAGCUGCAGGCCCAGCUCAGCCUUCUGGCCCCACCUGGGGAAGGAGCUGAAGAGGAUGAGGAGGAUGAGGAGGAGGAAGCGCCUCUGCCAGAUGUGACUAUCCCGGAAGACAUAGACAGCCAAGAGGCCAUGGUGGCAUUUUGUAAUGCAGCUCUUGCCAGGGCCCGGGAGGAGCAGGUGCGAUUGCUAGCACAGCUGAGGGAGCAGAGGGCACAGUGCCGGCGCCUUGCCCACCUGGCAACCACAUCUCAUGGUGAGCCUGAGAAGGAAGCCCUGGCCCCUGGGAGUGCAGGUGACAGUGUGUCUGCGGAGAGCCAUGGGGCCCUGCAGCUGGCCAUGGAGAAGCUGCAGAGCCGCUUCCUGGAGGUGAUGCAGGAGAAGGCGGAACUCAAGGAGCGGGUGGACGAGCUGGAGCAUCGCUGCAUCCAGCUCUCUGGGGAGACGGACACUAUAGGGGAGUACAUCGCCCUCUAUCAAAAUCAGAGGGCGGUGCUAAAGGAGCGGCACCGUGAGAAGGAGGAGUACAUCAGCCGGCUGGCCCAGGACAAGGAAGAGAUGAAGGUGAAGCUACUGGAGUUGCAGGAGCUGGUGCUGAGGCUUGUGGGAGAGCGCAAUGAGUGGCAGGGCAGGUUCCUAGCAGCUGCCCGCAGCCCUGCUGAGGAGCCCACGCUGGGGCCCAAAGAUGCCCAAGAAGUUGGUGCUGCUGCAGCGGAGCAGGGUGACCUUCUAGAGGUGAGCCUUGCCGACAGCGUGGAGCCUGCACACGAAGCAGCUGGGCUAGGCCCAGCGCCCGAGAACCCCACGGCAAGGCAGAUCAUGCAGUUGCUGCGUGAGAUCCAGAACCCCGAGGAGCGCCUGGGCCUGGGCAGCAACCCCUGCAUCCCCUUCUUCUACCGGGCGGACAAGAACGACGAGGUGAAGAUCAUGGUGAUCUAAAGAGACUGUGCGCCACACCUAGGGAAGUGAGGCAGGGCUGACCCUACUGUCCCCCCACUCAGGUCCUGCCACUCUAAUCCCUGCCAUCUUUUAUCUUUAGAGUAGUGAGAGGCACUAAAAAAUUGAAAAAAAAUUUAAAAACAUAAUUUUUUCAAAAUAAAAAGAAAAAAUGUGGAAAGAAAAAUAUUGAAAAACGUGAAAAGAAUAGAAAAAAAAGAUGAGCUCCCCCCCACCCCCGCCCUGUCUAACCGGGGACACAGACAGGUGCAGAUUUUGCCGUAUUGGUCAGAUGUGAGUCUUUCUUUCUGGACUUCUGUUCAGAUAAAGAGCUACAGGCUCACAGUUACUUAGCGGCUGCCCCUCUGUGGGGCCAGGGGCUCCCAGCAGCCCCCUUGCCCUUGCCAAGCCAUCCUUCACUGGGGGCCCCCAUUCUCUUGCUCAGGCUCUUUGGGGCAGGACAGUGGGCAGCAUCUGCCAGCUCUUUGCACAGGUGGGGCUCCCUAUGGGCAGGUGAAGGGGGUGGGGCCUGGCACCCUUCAUUCAGCCAAGCUGUCCCUCUGUUCUGUGGAUGGAGCCACCUGGCAUAUGGGAGAUGAGUGCCCAGCCCCAGCCCAUGUGCUUGAGGCACUGGAGCGGGCCAGUGGGGUCCCCCUGUGGGCUCGCCAGGCAAGUCAGUGAAGCGGUUCAUUGAGGGGCGCCUGCCUCUGAGGCAGGACAGUGGGACAGCACUCUCCAAGGCCUUAUGGUGAUCAGGGUGCAGCGGGCCCAGCAAGGGCGGGCUGGGUGGGCUUCCCGCCCCCGUGUACAUACUGUACCUGUGUAACAUUUUGUAUAUUCCGGGGUAGGGCCGCCCUCUGUAUCAUAGCAGAGGCUGGAGCUAGUGAAUCAGGAGGGAGGUUCUAUAAUUAUUUGGGGCUGAGUAUCUUAUUUAUUGGUAGCAGAGAACAGAGGAAGGAGACGGGGAUGGGGUUGUGGUGCCCUGGUGAUGCGGCUCCUGUUUAUUUUGCUUUUCCUUUGGAAUAAAUGGAUUUAGUCAUA